UGUGGUCAAUCAGCAGUCGUUCCUGGGACGCGGCGGCGCGGGGGUCAGCCAGCUUCUCAGAUCGGAAGAUAUUUGGCUGGAAUAUUUAUCGUUUGAAGAUAUUUGUCUGGAAUAUUUAUCGUUUACGUGUCGGUGUCUUUGGAAUAAGCAGGCAUGAGAGACGGAAAGGCGGAGGAGGGGGACGAAGGAGGAGGAGGAGGAGAAAUACAAACGGUGUCCGAAGUGUUUACGGAAGUGGUAAACAAAGAUCCGGAUACGGUGCCUGAACCGCAAAUUAACCAAGCAGUAGAGGAACCCCAAGACGAUGAGGAGGAUUACGAGAAAGCAAUCACAGCCACAGGGUACGGGUUCUUCCACUAUUGGCUGGUUGCAAUUGGAGGGAUCGCCAAUGCCAGCGAUGCAGUGGAGAUCCUCUGUGUGUCCAUUCUUUUACCAGCAGCAGAAUGCGACCUUCACAUGUCCUCAAAGGACAAGGGCUUGCUCAACGCUGGGGUGUUUAUGGGUAUGAUGGUUGGUGGAUACAUCUGGGGAAGCUUAGGUGACAUUUACGGAAGGAAGAAUGUUUUGGUCGUUUCUCUGAUGGUGAACGCCAUUGCGGGCAUUGUGUCUUCUUUCAUGCAAGGUUUUCCAUUAUUCUUCACUAUGCGGUUCAUAUCUGGCUUAGGAGUGGGCGGCAGCAUUCCCCUCGUGUGGGCAUAUGUCAGUGAGUUUCAGCCUGCCAGUAAAAGAGGGGGAGCUCUGAGUGUCAUUGCGGCAUUCUGGAUGGUUGGAAAUAUUCUAGUCGCAGUUUUAGCACUGGCUAUAAUUCCCUACGAUAUUGGGUUUGUCACUCCGUCCUUCAGCUACAAUUCAUGGCGAAUUUUCCUGGCUGUCUGUGCCUUGCCUUCUUUAAUCAUUGGCAUAGUGUUGAUUUUCAUGCCCGAGUCACCUAUGUUUCUGCUGCUGAAGGGAAGACAUGAAGAGACAAUUGAAAUUCUACAGAAAAUUUAUGAACAAAAUACAUCAAAUCCUAGGAGGAGUUAUCCUGUAAGAAGGGUGACUAUUGCCAACAUUAAAAUGCAGACGGUCUCCUCAGGUAGUGCAUGGAGAACGCUGAAGGACAUAUGCAUUCAGAGUUGGCGCCAGAGUAAUGCACUCUUUAGCCGAUCUCUCCUGCGAACCACUUUGCUUAUGCUCUUUAUUAAUUUUGCUAUUCAGUUUGGGUACUAUGGACUUUGGUUGUGGUUCCCAGAAUUGUUCAAUCGCCUACAGAUAUAUUAUAAUGACCAUCCAAAUGAUAAGGUAAGCGUUUGCGACCUGACAGACUUCAAGGGUAAUGAGACGGUGCAAACGUCAAAUUGCAAUUCAGGUGACGAGAUUGUGGAUCCACAAGCUCUUGUAAAUACACUGAUUACAGCUGUGGCACCUCUACCGAGCAAUCUCUGGACCAUUUUCUAUAUGGAUAGACUCGGCAGGAAAUUUUUCCUUGUGCUCAGCAUGGUGUUAUCAGGGGGAUCAGCUUUUGGCAUAUACUUUGUAAAAACUGCAACAGAUAACCUCAUUCUCAGCUGUGUUUUUGGUGCUGUUUCAACAAUGGGUUUUAAUGCCCUAGACUGCCUCGGAGCUGAACUUUUCCCGACACAUCUACGAUCAACUGCAUUGGCAGUCACCUUGCUUGCUGCUCGCCUUGGAGCAAUAGCUGGAAAUUUGGUGUUCGGCAGUCUAAUUGAUGUGUAUUGUGCAGUACCGAUGUUUAUGGUUGCGUGUCUUUUGAUUGUUGGAGGUAUUAUGGGGCUUCUGCUUCCGAAUACAACGAGAGUGGCGUUGACGUAAUUCAAGUUGAUGAAAAGUAUCUUUUAAAGCUGAAGAUUUUUUCUUCUUCUUCUUCUCUUCCUCUUUUUUAUGGUUAAAUGUACUGUGAGAAUUUUUAAUUAGAAUGUUUUUAUUUAGCAGAAGUGCAGAUGCACUUGUAGAGUGGGAUCUGCUUAAAAUGCACAUUCCUAUGUUUUACUUUUUAAUUGCAAGACCGCUCAGGUAUUUGAUGCAAUUUUUUUUUUUUUUUUUUUUUUUUUUUUUUUUUUUUUUU